AUGGCACUGAGGAAUGACCAGCCUGUCGCGAAGAAGAUUCUUUGUGAUAACUGCGACAGCGAGGAUGCUGCUCAAAGUCGAUGUAAUGAAUGUGGAAUGUUUCUGUGUCAGUUUUGUACCGACUCGCAUAAACGAUCUCGGUCAACGAAACAUCACAAACUGUUCACCAUGGAGGAAUUGAAAUCCAACUCAAGUCCACAGAAGAUUGCUGAGCAGAUACGAUGUCCCAAGCACAAAGAAGAAAUCAUCAAAUUAUUUUGUACAACAUGUCAAAGUUGCAUUUGUAGAGAUUGCACCAUCGUUGAUCAUCAGGGACAUAAAUAUGGGUUUGUCGAGGAAGUCGCUAUGGAAGAAAAACUACAUUUACAAAGCAAUCUUGACGAAGUGAAGGAAAGAAAACGAAGAGUUGCACAGGGAAUUGUAAACCUGGAGAAAUUUAACGAAGGUUUGGAGGCUAAGAAGAAGUCAACAAUCUCAGAAAUCAGUCAGCACUUCGAUCAACUUGUCAAAGCCGUGGAAACUCGGAAAAGAGAAAUGUUGGAAAAAGUUACUUCAAUCACGAGUUCCAAACAAAAUCAGAUUCACACGCAGUUAGAGGUCUUAGAAGUGGCUUUAGCAAGUUGUGAGAGGAGCAUCAAGUUUACAGAGCAAGCGUUCAAGAAUGGCAACGAUGUGCAAAUAUUGAGCAUGGAGAAAUACAUUUUGCAGUCUUUGGAGCAGCUGAAAGCAGUUAAAGACCAAACACAGCCUUGUGUUACUGAAGACAUGGAGUUUACCAUUCCUUCUUCGGUGCAGGAAACAAAGAAAAAGCUGUUGAAUGAGUAUGACGUAGAUGUCGCUGUACCAAACCCUGAAAGUUGCACGGCUUCCUUUAAAGAAAUUGAAGAAAUAUUCAAUGCCGGGAAACCAUACUCCAUAACAUUGAUCUGUCACAACAAAAAUAACCGAAGAUUAGCGUAUGGAUGUCAGGAUAUCAAACCGUCGUUCGCUGGAAUAGAGGUCAGUGAUGUUGUCGUUACUGAUAAUAAAGAUGGCUCCCACACUAUCAGCUUUUGCCCUCGUCUGGGUGGAAUGUUGAAGUUCGAGGUAUCCAUUAAUGGAACGCCUGCUCCAAAUUGUUCUUUGACAAAACAAGUAAAGUGGGUUAUAAGUGAUGCUCAUGGUAAAGGUGGUAUCACUGAUGGUGGACGUAUAAUGAAGGGUGAGGGUCGCCAUGGUGAAUACCGUUGCAGAGUAGGUGGAUGUUACUUUGAUUCCGGAGUUCACACGUGGAAAGUUCAAUUGAAUCAUCCCAUUUACCAUAAUCAUUCCAGUGCUGAAGUUGGAAUCAUUGACUAUGAUGAAAUUAAUGCAGAUAUUGCUCAAAGCGAGAAGAAGUGCGUUCAUAAGCAUACUGUCCAAUUUGGUCGCAGUGAUAAUAUUUCCGUAACUCUGGACAUGGAAAAAAGAACAUUGAACGUCAACGUUAAUUCGAGCUCUAGUACUAACAACUAUCAGUUCACUGCACGUCGUGUUUCACCUUUCUUUGCGUGCUGGUCACCUCAUCUGAGUAUUAGUUUAGUGGAAUGA